UUUCCUCCAGCCAUGCCCCGGGCUCUCGCCAACCAAGCCAAAAUGAUGCAGAGCAGAUCCCCAGCCGCUCGGGCUGCUGAUGGGCAAGCCUCUGAAGCAGGCACUUUGGGAUCUUGGCGCAUGGCUCACGAUGAGGAUCCUGAACCAGCCGCUCCUCCUGAAUCAGCUGACCUUUGGAACCAGGAAUUUGAUCAAGGUCGUGGAAGUCAGGCUGAGCAGCCACACGCUCCUCAGCCUGCUCAAGCAGCUCCUGUGACACAAGCUGCCCGAAAUUUUGUGGAUAGGUCCAAUGAGACGCCUGCCACUCGGCGCUUGAGAGAGCAGCAGGACAAGGCCGCCAAAUCAGGUCGCCGCUCGGUGAGGUACAAUCAGAUGGGCGCUCACAAUGCUAUCAAUGUGCGCCUGCCCGAGCAUCUGCAGCAGGUUGGUUCCGGUGAAAAUGAGAGAUCAGUUCUGGUCUUGGAUAGCCGGGACAAUAGACUGCAGUCCCCUUACCAGGGGUGGCUCUUGGAUGAGAUUUUGAUCAACGCAAAUGCAAGGAUCAACAUCUUGAGCGAUCGAGCUCUUGUGCGGUCGCCCUCCACUGUGUACCACAUGAACCUGUUCAUGCUCAAGACCCUUGAUGGCCUCAAGCUGGUGUUGUGUGGCUCCAUGACUUCCUACGGCCCCGUGCCAUGUGGAAAGUGGGAUGAAGACACUGGCAAGGUGCUCUCGCACGAGGCUUUUCAGCCCUUUCGCUGGCUUCUGAUGCGGGAUGACUCUCCCACUUGUGUGGAUGUCAAAGUGAAGAUCGAGGGACAGCUCUUCAUCCACCUGGAGCUCAGGGGCUAUCGCUCUGAUAGUGACAUGACGGUUCAGAUCAACCAUGUGGCUGAUCAUCUCAUGUACGUUUUGCAGGAGAAUGCCUUCAUCCCCACGUUCGUGGUGACGAUCUUCCAACAAUGGCGUGUCGUUGCUUGUUCAUGGGAAGUUGGAGGCAGGCUGUACGUCUGUUCAGAAGGUGGCGUCGUGGUAGCUGCAGACUACCCCCUUUGCCACUUUGAAUGCAGGAUCGUGGCGACGUCAUCUGAAGACGCUUUUGGCCUAGAUGCAGAUCGUUUAGAAUUCAGGUUCCUGAGUGCUGGCGAUCGCCUUGAUGUUGCGGCAAGCACUUGUGCAGUGCCUCCAUCGUGGUUGGUGGUCAGCCGAGUGUCAGGACCAACCCUGAUCAGAAAUGCAAACUGGUGCAGGUCCAAGUAUGCCCGCAUCGAAUCGCCUGACCAGGCAUUGCAGUUGGCUCAGCUUGCUAGCAUCCAUGCUCAUUGGACGGUGAACGUGGAGGCAGCUCGCGAAGAUGACACUGGACCUAGAAUCUCAGCUGUGGCCGUUAAGAGCAAUGCAGCCAACUUGCACCUGAUCUGCGAGUCACCCUUGUUCAAGAAGGACCGUGCGAUUGUCCCGCCGGAAGCUCUGGCGUUGCAAGCUCACAGCCUGGCCGAUGAGAAGGAGACGGUGGUCUUGCCUCCUAUCACAGGAGGACCGGCUGUUCAGCCUACCUGUGCACAGCCAAAAGGGCUUGCAGCCAUCACAGGCUAUGUGGGCAAUGCAGAUCUGACAGUGGCGCCUUUGCCAUCGGAUGGAGCUCUCCCCUCUUUGACAGAGCCAGGCGUGGCACCUACACCUAGCUCUUGGUUGGGUGGGGCGCUGGCUCCAACGCGCAGAUCGCUGGAACAGAGACGGGCGGAGCGUCUUGACUCUUCAGCCCUCACACCAGCAGGUUUCUUGGAACAUGUGCAGACCUUUCGAGCUGAGCCUCAACAGCAGGCAUCAGCAUCAUCAGCUGAGAUCCAGAUCGAGAUGCUUUCAGGAUCUCUGGAUGGCUCCGAAAAUUUGAAGACCCCGACAGAACCUCGGUCGUUCGGGCCUCCUGCACAGGUAGAGGCCAUCGCCAAGACACCGUUGGCUAACCUGGCAUUUGUAUCGGCCAUGGGAGUCAGCUCGGCUGCAGAGUUCUCAGCUAAGGUAGCUGAGUGGGCAGGGUCUUUCGACCCAGCAGUCGUUCAAGUUUUGUUGAAAGAUUCUGGCCAGCUCGAAAAUUUUUGGGCUUUGCUCAGUGGCCCAAAAGCGCCAAAUAAGAAGCUCAAGGGCUUAGCACAAGCUAGCGACUCCUUGACGCCAUUACUCGAUCAAGAAAACAAUGAGAAAGCCAAAUGGGCUGCUCGGCUUGAGGCUAUUGGCCGUCGUGCCGGAUCGGCAGCCAAACUGCUUGUCCAGCAGGGGCAGAGAGACGACUUGUCGCCCCCCGAGCUGGCGCGGUUGAGGCAGAUCGUCCUGCUUUCAGGGGCUCCCCGAACUAUGUCAGCUCACAUACGAGCUUUUGAAAAGUUCGAGCACUGGGCAGCGGCCUCCUCAGUAGUGCUGUACCCGCUGACAGUCGACAAGAUCUUGAAGUACUGCUUGAUUUUGGAUCAGCGUGAGUGUGGCCCCUCAGUUGUGCCAGCAUUCAAGACUUCUGUCAAGUGGGUGGCCUCUCGGCUAGCGAUCGACCUGCCUGACUUGGACGACCAGCGGCUGAAAGCCAUCCAAGAUCAGAUAGUCUCUGCGCGCGCAACUACUUUGAAAGAAGCAGUGCCCAUCCCGAUCGCAGCGGUGCGCACCCUAGAAGCAAUCGUCGUCAACUCCAAGGAGUUUGCUCAGGCGAGGAUCUUUGUGUGGUGGCUCCUUUGCAUGGUUUUUGCAUCGCUGCGUUUUGACGAUGCUAUCCAUGUCAAGCCUGCUGAAUUGAUCAUGCAAGAUGAAGGCCUGUUCGGUGUUGCGUGGCAGACCAAAGUGGAGCGGAAGAGGGCUGGAACCAGGUUCAUGGUCCCCAAAGUUGGGUUCCGUCACAAUGACUGGAGCUUGUUCAAGCUGCUGGAGGUCCAGGACCGUGAUUUCUGGAUGUUUGAGUUAAACUCGAAAUCUGAGUUUGACCAGCGCCCGCCGUCUCACCAGCGCACAGUAAAAUGGUUGCGUUGUUUUGCACAUCAAGGGAUAAUGCUCGAUCGGGAGAUUCCUGCGACAGAUCGCAAGAGUCUGAUCGAAACUGUCGAUAAGCUGACAGUUCACUCAUGUCGAGUCACCUUGCUCGAUGCUGCUGUUCAUGCUGGGCGCUCCACGGAAGAGAUCGGCCUACAGGCCAAUUGGAAAAACCCUGGUCCCAUGGUGUUGAAGUAUACUCGUAAUCGUUCAUCUGUCCCAGCCACCAUGAUCAAACAACUUGUUCGAGAGAUGGUUCAAGAAAAUCAUCCCGUGAUAGAAGAUGCCCAGGCCGCAGCAAGUGUUGCUCAGCACCGUGCGGGUCUUGUGCUUGUCGCCAUCAUGGUCGAUCGCACUACCUACCCGGAUGACCAAGUCCCUGAGUUAGCAUUGCGGCAGGUCUUCGGGCGCCAGCGGCUUCCAGAGAAUCUGUGCCUGCUCGCAGCCGAGGUAGGCCUUCGCACCAUGGACACAUUUGCCAUGCUCGGCGACAACAUCACCGGUGUCAAGCAGACCCUCAACCGCAUCGUCCCUGACCCAGCUCGGUUUGGUGCUGACGCGGCUGCUCAGGAGUUGGCACUCACCAAUUUGACAGCAGUAUGGAAGACAUGCUCGACUUUACAAGAGCAUUUCGCCUCUCGGCGUGCCAAGAUGGAAGAGGAUCCUUCGAAGGUACCCGAAAUUCCGGGUGAAGAUCAUGCAGAGUUCCGCGAGCAGUUCGUGCACAAACACCCAGAUGUGUUGUUGCCGCCCCACCGAGAACCUCACAGGAAGUUGGUCGAACGCAUCCAACGUGAUUACCUUGUUCAUGGUGCUGUGAUGUUCUACCAGGUGGGUGAACUGCGCACGCGGAGCGAAGUGAUUGUUCAGAAAGCGGGCAUCUCCAAGAAUGCGGAGGAUUUGCUGAAGGUCGUCACGGUUGAUCAACCUGUGUCGGCUGCCUCAGAGAGCCAGGUUAUGGACAAGCUUCAUGCCUUCUUCGUGGCUCUUGAGUACCUCAAUAUCUGCGAAUUCACCGCCGCUCGCGGGCCCCUGAAGUACCUCUCAGAGCUCGAAGAGUGGCGGCAUGAGAACAAGGGGUUGGCGCUGCUGCUCACAGUCGACUCCCUGAUCCGCAAGAAGGUCCAUCGACUUAACCAUGAUCAGAGGAAGUCCUUCCCCACGUUCUCCUCCGCCCUGCUCGAGGUCUUGGCCAACCACAAGCAGCUUUGGAAUGAUGCGCGCAGCAGCGCAGAAUUGGACAAGUUCAAGCAGGCUGGUCAGCAAGCUCCUUCUACACCACCACGGGCUCCCAAGCGCGCUCUUGAAGAGGAUGAUUCACCUCUUAAAACUUCGCCCAAGGCCAAGAAGAACAAAGCUCGGCGCGAAAGGCAGAAAGCCGUGCUUGCUCGAGCCAAAGCCACCUUGGCCGAUCCUAAGGGCGCGCGCAAGGAGUCCAAAGUCUCCAAAGACGCUCGCGUGCCAGCCAACGAAUGGUCAGCCAUCACCGCCUUCAAGUACUCAGGCAAGCGGCGCUGCCCAUUCUACAAUUGUUCACUGGGCUGCCGGUUCGGUGGGAGUGAUCAGUUUUGUGGGGCCCAUGCUGGGGCGAAUGAGGAGCUCCAGAGUCCGAAUCACUCUGAGGCUCCGACAGCUCCGGUGGCACAGCAGAACCACCAGUGGCUCCGUUGGGCAGACGUUCCACGGAACGUUCAUGAAGUUCCAGCUCAAGGCCCUUGGUUUCUGGAAUUUUUUGCAGGGACAGCUCGUUUGACAGAAGCAGUCCGCCAGAUGGGAAUUCCUUGUUUACCCCCCAUUGACGUGAUGAUCAGCCAGCAUGUGCAAGAUCCUUUUGAUGUCCUUGAUGCUGAUCGCUGGACCUUUAUCAUGCUCCAACUGGUUUCGCAGAUCGGCAAUCUGUUUGUUGAUCGCACUGUCGAAGUUUGUUUAGGGGUAGCUGAAAUGGGCGGUGAUUUUUCUAUCGAAAACCCCGAAAAGAGCUUGAUCUGGAGCACUCGUGGGAUACAACGCCUUCUGCGGUGUGCUCGCGCCUGGCUCAUCCAUUUUGAUCAAUGUGCGUGGGGGGCUCCCUCGAUGAAGCCCACCUCGCUGUGCGUGACUCAUGCGGCUUUUUCGCCUCUGCAUAGGCGUUGCCCGGGUCAUCAUGCUCAUGAAAUUCUUCAAGGACAAGUAUACAGCGAGUUCUUUGGCAAAGUGGUUUACCGCACCAAGCUUGCUCAAGAAUACCCACACCUGCUUUGUGCGGCCAUGGCAGAGGCCAUCUCAGCUGUUCGCGUGCGCCCUUUGCAGCUCAUGGUGUCCUCUUUCGGACUGCUCAGCACAGGCAAGCGCAAGCGUCUGCUGGGCAAGGCCAUGCACUGGGAAGGCCAUCGCCAACAUCUGACUGCUCAGUUGGCGGCGGCAUCAGGCUAUCAGCUCAAACGUGGUGCAAUGAAACCUUUGCUGGAAGUGGAAUCUGAGCCUGGUCAGGCUAUCUUGUGGGCGAUGAGCAUCGAUCACCCGUUCUCGACCGAGAUUGCCGUGGAACCUGGCUUGCAGGCGGCUCUGCAACAGUUCGCCUCCUCCAGCGAGCACAUUCUGCAGCGGCGCUCAGCACUUCAGCAUAAGUGGGGAGCGAUCGCUCAGUCCUCUCUAGAGGCGACUGAUCAGAUUUUGCGGCGCAUCCCGGAUGCCCCUCUCCGCUUUCUGCUGAGGGGGGUCCCGGACCAUGAACCUGCGCAGCUGGGCGUUACUUGCCAUCUCGUGCUCUACAAACUGAUGCUUGCGGCCAUCAAUUCGGCUGAUCAAGAUCUUCCUCAUUGCAUGCUUUCUGGUUUUCCGAUAGUUGGGCCGAUUCUGCGAUCGGGCAGAUGGCCGCCGUAUGAGAAGGAGCAGUCGCCCGUGGCGGUCGCCUCGAUGCAAAGUAGGGCCUGGGAGAUCCGGAAGAAGAUCAUUGCACGUGUGCAAGCUGUGCCAAUCACAGAGAACCUCAAGAAGAUUUGGGAUGCAACUGUGGAAGAUGUUCAUGAAGGCUCGUGCAUAGACUCCAACGUUGCUGCAUUGCGUAAGCUCAGAGCAAUGUGCCCUGGCUCCGAGUUGGCAGGUUGGGUUUUGGAUGAGAGAAAAGCUUACCGUCAAGUUCCUAUACGACCUGACCACCGCAUGUUCAGUGUCAUUGCUUUGAAGGAACCACCCUCUGGCAAGACUGCUUUCUUCGUGAUGAUCGGGCAUUCCUUUGGUUUGGUCUCGGCCGUGUACAACUACAACCGCCGAUCGGCAGCUAUCAACGAGAUCCUCAUCUCUUUGUUUGGACUGAUCGCUUUCAGCUUCUAUGAUGAUAAGUACGGUUUUGAACCUGUGCAGACUGUGGAAUCUGCCCAUCAGAUCGCCCAACAUGUUCACUGGUGGCUGGGUGCGAAGUUUGAUCAGCGAAAGCUGCAAUUGAGUCGAUCGCCUACAAUCCUUGGUGUCACCUACAACCUUUGCGAUUUUGUUUUGGAAAUCAAGGAAGACCGCAAGUCUGACCUGAUCGAGGAGAUCGACUAUAUUUUAAGCUCUGGUUUCCUGGAUCCAGGUACAGCUGGGAAGUUGAAAGGUAAACUGAUGUUUGGCGCGAGCCAGCUCUGGGGAAAAGUGGGGCGCGCCUUUUUGCGCGUGAUCUCUGAACGUCAAUACGCUCGUUUCCCAGUCGGUGAUUCUGGCUUUGCACUGGACGAGCCUUUGCGUUUUGCUUUGGAGCACUGGCGACAUCUUAUCAGAGCUGGUCCUGCUCGACCGAUCGAGAUGAAGAAGAUCAAGAAGCCUGAUGUAGUAAUUUUUACAGAUGGUUUUACACCGGAUCCGAGAGACGAUGAUCCUCGACCGGAUAGAGUAGGCGCAGUUUUGUUUGAUAGGAGAUGGGAGGCUCCUCUCCAGUUCUCUGAGGUGAUACCGAAAGAGAUGCAGAAGAACUGGGCUCCCAGGAAGACUCAAAUUGUUCCUGUUGAAAUGAUUGCCCCAAUUUUAGCUUUAUACACCUUUCGCGAGCGCGUAUUUGGCACUGAUCUGAUUUUGCUGAUCGACUCCGAAGCAGUGGAGUCCGCUCUUGUUAAAG